AUGCCUGCCCCAUCAUUUAUGGGAAUCUACCCGCCAGAUUCCGUGCAGGAGGUGCACCAGUCGCUUCCUCUAGACCCGCUAGGUCCAGGCGCGGCCGACCUCCUAGCCGGCGACGUCGAGUACCGCCUACACUACCUCCUGCAAGAGGCGAAAAAGUUCAUGGUGCACGGUAAGCGCACGACGCUCAUGCCCGAGGAUAUAGAGCACGCGAUGGAGGCGCUGAACAUUGAGCCCGUGAUUGUGCCGCCACGCCCGCUGCCGCAGGCGCCGUUUCUGGCAGUUCCUAUUCCAUCAGGAACUAGUGGCGCUCAGCAGCAGCUCUACACGGUCGUUGAUGAUGAGAUCGACUUUGCGACAUACCUCAAGGAGCCGCUGCCGCCCGCGCUGGCGAACAGCGCAGGUGUCAAGUGGAAGGCACACUGGCUGGCUGUCGAGGGUGUGCAGCCCGCGAUUCCAGAAAACCCCGCACCCAGCUCGCGUGCCGGUCCCUCGCGCCUGCCCGCGCCGACAACUGGUGCCGCGUCCCUCCGUCCCUCGGCCAAGCAGCACCUGACGACCGAGCUGCAGCUCUACUUCUCGCGCCUGACUGCAGCGCUUAUACCAACGCUUGCACAGCUACCCAACCUCCCCGGCAACUCGGCGCCGGGUGCGCCGCAGUACUCGUUCCCAGACGCCGAGAGGCACCGCCUAGCUGCACUGGCGAGCGUGCGUUCGGACGCGGCUGUAGCUGGUGUGCUCGCGUAUCUUGUCCGCUGGGUUGCUGAGAGCAUCAAUAAGACGCUUAUGGGUGCAACAGGCACUAUCGGGUGCCUCAUCGACGUCGUCGAGGCUAUACUCGACAACGACGUGCUCUUCGUUGAGCCCUACUUGCACCAGUUCCUGGGCCCGCUCCUUUCCAUCCUCUUGACCGUGCCUCUCGGCCCACAUCCCACGCCCUCUGGCAUGUCGCCGAGCCCAUUCGAGCUGCGCACGCGCGCCGCCGACGUCCUGGCCAAGCUCGUCAACCUCUACGCCAACGGCUACCCUGGCCUGGUCCCACGCCUCCUCUCGACGCUCAAAAAGGCCCUUACAGCCAGUCCCUUCCCCUCUCCCCUUGGUGCGGAACAUCCCCCUGCCGGGCGGUACGAGGGCGCGGUACUAGGCAUCGGCGCGUGUGGCGUACACGCUGUCCGCGAGGCCGUGUGGGGAACCAACGGCGACGGGCUGGGCGCCAUCAACGACCUCAUUGGCCUCCUGUACCCUGGCGAGGGGCGGAAGAACAAGGCACCUCUAGUCCGCGCAACGAUGAAGGCGCUGCUACUGCUUACGGUACCCAAGCCCGAGGGAGUAACUGCUCCUGCACCCGACGCGGCGGCCGUGGCGGAGGCGUUUGGACCACACUUUGUGCGGGCGUUUGAGAAGCGGCCGUGGCAGGCACAGGAGCUCAUGCGUCUCCGGAAUGGCGGUGGGGCCGCUGAGGCGGAGGUUGAUGCGGCGGGUGAGGAGGAUGACGAGAUGGAGGAGGUGCAGGCUUAG